AAACUCUACAACCUGGUGCUUAUUUCAUUUUCUAAUUUUCACCUCACUCGACUGCCCUAACAGGGAUUUCCCUCGUGCAAAUCGACUCUGCUGACUGCAUUUACGUGUUCGAUCUCUUUGAGCGAUCAUCAUGGGUUCAGAUGCCGAUAUGGAGGAUUACGGGUUUGAGUACUCGGAUGAGGAGCCCGAGGAGCAAGAUGUUGACAUUGAGAAUCAGUACUACAAUUCUAAAGGUUUGGUGGAAACUGAUCCAGAAGGAGCACUUGCUGGAUUUGCUGAAGUAGUUACCAUGGAACCUGAGAAGGCUGAGUGGGGAUUCAAAGCUCUGAAACAAACUGUCAAGCUCUAUUAUCGUUUGGGUAGAUAUAAAGAGAUGAUGGAUGCAUACAGGGAGAUGUUGACUUACAUCAAGUCUGCAGUAACACGUAAUUAUAGUGAAAAAUGCAUAAACAAUAUUAUGGAUUUUGUUUCUGGGUCAGCUAGUCAGAACUUUGGUCUGCUACAAGAAUUUUAUCAGACAACUCUAAAGGCCCUUGAGGAAGCAAAGAAUGAGAGACUUUGGUUCAAGACGAAUCUCAAGCUAUGUAAGAUUUGGUUUGACAUGGGUGAAUAUGGGCGAAUGAGUAAGAUUUUGAAGGAACUCCAUAAAUCUUGUCAAAGAGAAGAUGGUACUGAUGAUCAAAAGAAAGGAAGCCAACUUCUGGAGGUAUAUGCGAUUGAGAUUCAGAUGUACACUGAAACCAAGAACAAUAAAAAGCUUAAGCAACUAUACCAGAAAGCACUUGCUAUCAAGUCAGCUAUACCACAUCCGAGAAUCAUGGGUAUAAUACGUGAAUGUGGUGGGAAGAUGCAUAUGGCGGAACGACAGUGGGCAGAGGCUGCGACAGACUUCUUUGAAGCUUUUAAGAAUUAUGAUGAAGCUGGGAAUCAGAGGCGUAUACAGUGUCUUAAAUACCUGGUUCUUGCUAAUAUGCUGAUGGAAUCUGAAGUAAAUCCAUUUGAUGGGCAAGAGGCAAAGCCAUAUAAAAAUGAUCCCGAGAUCUUAGCAAUGACAAAUCUGAUAGCUGCCUAUCAGGCAAAUGAGAUUUUAGAGUUUGAGAAGAUCCUUAAGAGUAAUAGGAGGACGAUAAUGGACGAUCCAUUUAUCCGCAAUUAUAUUGAAGAUUUAUUGAAGAAUGUCAGAACGCAAGUGUUGCUUAAGCUGAUCAAACCAUAUACAAGAAUAAGGAUUCCCUUCAUAUCCAAGGAACUCAACGUUCCCGAAAAGGAUGUUGAACAGUUGUUAGUGUCACUAAUUUUGGAUAAUCGAAUAGAUGGACAUAUCGAUCAAGUGAACCGACUAUUGGAGCGUGGGGACAGGUCCAAGGGAAUGAAGAAAUAUACUGCUAUAGAUAAAUGGAACACACAGCUUAGAUCCCUUUAUCAAACUGUCGGCAACCGAGUAUGUUGAGGCAAAUACCAGAAACAAGAGGGUGCUAGUGCUUUUUCUUUGGACAAGAAGCUCUCUCUCUCUCUCUCUCUCUUUCUUUCUUCUUUUUUUGGUCAUGGGUGAGCUGGGACGAAGCUUUUGUUAGCUGAAUUUCGCAUAAGCUGCAAAUAUGUAAGGCUGUGUUUGGAUCUUGAUCUUGUAUCUUUCCUAUAGUUGGAUAAUUUACUUUUUUGCAAAUGAGUACAUACCAAGUGUACUACUUACAAAGGUGUGAAAGAAAGAGGAUAAGUAUACUAUUUA